ACUCGAGUUGCAUUUUGUAUUUUAUAUUUUUGUAAAUAAUAAAUAUUUCUUCUACGUUUCGAACUUUCUACGUCAAAUUGUAUUAAAAUUGUAAAAAUAUUUAUUAGACAAAUUUGUAAAUAUGAUCUUUUUAUCCUAAACAAUUAUGCUAAAUAAAGGUCCAUUUGAAUUUGUAUCAAGUUUUUAUUCGGUUUUCCUAUCAGAAACUCUUUUAUAUAUUAAAAAAAUCCUGUCAUAUACAUGUUUAUGGAUAUUAGGUUACUUGUGUCUGUGUUGCUUAGUUUACCGCAAAUAUGCAAGACGAUUACCGACAAGAAUACGCGGUUCUCUAGGUGCUAAAAGAGUGCUUGUCGUUAUAGCUCAUCCAGAUGACGAGUGUAUGUUUUUUGGACCUACAAUCUUCAGGUUAUGUGAGCAGGGCACGGAAGUGUACUUAUUGUGCUUAUCAAACGGUAAUUAUGAUGGUAAAGGCCGUGAGCGAAGCCAAGAGCUUUGGGAUGCAUGCAGAGAGCUUAGAGUGCCAGACAGUAACAUAUAUCUUAUCAAUGAUACUAGACUACAGGAUAGCCCUAAAGUGCAAUGGCCCAUACCUGUCAUUGCGCAACUCAUUCAACACCACAUAGAGUCUCUGGAUGUAGAUACUUUGGUGACAUUUGACCGAGGUGGUGUUUCAUCUCACCCUAAUCAUUCAGCUGUGUUCUACGCAGUUGCAUACAUGUUUGUUGAAAACAUGAUGCCUACAAAGUGCAAAUUAUAUACUCUGGAUUCGGUGAACAUAUUAAGAAAAUACUUUGGAUUUUUGGAUUUACCCCUCAGCUUUUUAUUAUCUUCUAAAAGGUAUUUCCUAAGAUGGACAGAAAGCCGGCGCAUUGUGCGAGCAAUGAAACGACACAAAAGUCAGAUGGUCUGGUUCAGGCAUUUAUAUGUGAUGUUCUCCAGAUAUAUCGUGAUCAACACAUUGAGAAAAGUUAGUCUUGCUGAUAUUGAACUUGAAUUGGAAGUUGAUGAUUAGAAGUAGAAACCAGGGACAUACUUGGACACUAAAAAAAUAGGGAUUAACCCGUUGCUAUCCUGAAUUAUAUUUAAAAUUAUUGUUUGUAUAUUUCUAGUUCCAUAGACAAAAUUGAUUAAUGACCCACCAAUUCUUUUAAAAUCAUAAAAAGUUAGGUUUAUGUUUGCACGAAUAAGAUUGUAUAAUUAUUGUUGUACUGUCAGUGUUUAAAAUAAAAUGAUAACAGCUACUGAGAAAUGUAUGUUCAAUCGAAUUUCGACCUACUUGUUUAUUAUGACUGUAGGAAGACUAAUUCUGUGUUAAAAUUUAAUUUGUCUGAUAGAUGUUUCGGACGGAUUUUGUUUUAGACGUUUUUCUUAAAAGUGCUUACGUCACGUCACACUUACGUCACUAAGACUAGUUUGUGACACGAAGCACGAGAAUUACAAACGAAAUUACAAUUAAAUUAACUAGUCAAAUAUCCCACUGUAAGUAUGCAACCUGGGAAAAGGUGUCUCAGCCAAGCUAUUAAACAAUUCAAUAAUACUAUUUAUUUAUUUACUUAAUAAUGUAAGAAUUUCGAAAAAAAAUCUUGUUCUUUUUGGAGAGUUAAAUUAAAAUUAUUUAUUUCUUUAUUCCAUGAUUGAUUCAGGCAUUCCUCCUAAUAUAGAAUAUCAAUCCUUAUUCCUGUUACCUGUAGGUGCUCCGUCCUACAAUUAAGUUACGCUGUUAUUUUAGUUUGACAGCUGUCAUAAAUAUAGUACAAACCAAGAGUAUUUGUAAAGAAACAAAUUAUAUUUUACUGUAGAUAUUCCUACUUGUAUAUUAUUUUGAAUGUUUUUCUACUAGUGCGGCAGUGAUAAAAUAAAAAUCACUCAAUGUUUCCGAAAAUUGGUUAUUAUUAAGAUGUAAAUGUUAUUUAUUUAUUGUAAUAAAUUAUAUAAACAAAAUUUCAUAGAAAUCUUUUAUAUAAUAUGACAAAACGUAUAAUAUUGUUCUAUAUUUACUUUAUGGAAAUAAUAUACCUUUUGAAUGUAUACUUCUUUUGGCGCGUUAAGGAAAAAAUAUCAGAGUGAAUUAUUAUGAUGCGCGUAAACCCACACCCUGACCAUAGUUGGCACAACAAAUGGACGAGUAUUAAAUAUAUUUCAAUAUGUUAAAUUAAAUAUAUUUUUUUUUCUAAUUGUAUUAAAAUAAAAUUAAACUAUGCAGUAUAAUAAUAUUUUCAUUAAUUGUAUUUACUGAUAUCUUCCUUAUUACAAUAUUGUUCUCUCUACAAACGUAAAAAAACUUGAGAAAUAUAUAUUUUUUUUUUAUUUAUUUUGUUAUGCCAAAGAAGUGUAACUGUUUGCGUGCAUACAUAUCUAAGUACACACACAAACUUUUUUUAUUCCCUGGCUGAAUGUUAGUUGUUGCAAGUACAAUUAGCUUUUGUAACAGUAUAUUCGCAUUGUCAGCAAAUCGGCUGUAAAAUUGAAGGAAAAUAAAGCUAUGCAUAAGUCCACAUAGAAAAAAAAUCAAUAAUUUUUAUGCAAAUCCAACUCACCAAUACUAUCAACUUAUUUUAUUAAUUUUCCUUCUAAAAUUAUACCAAAUAUUCUCAUACCCUAGACAAAACACUAUUAUUAAACGACGCGCGGCGGACGUUAUAUUGACAUCUACGUGGAGUCGGCAAGCAGACAUCAGUAGGUAUGCACUCAGUACUUCUGAUUCAUAAUUUUGGCACGUAUGGCUACCAUGUCACUUGGAUGACGCCGGCGCCCUCUCCCUAUCUCAACGCAGGGAUUAUACAACUUUACUUACAAGUGAAAAGGUAAAGUUACAUUAUGGUCGCGUUGUUAUCUCACUCGAGUUAUUUCGGGUCCUCUAAUGACGAAUUUGGCUAUAAAAACUAAUAUUACUACCGAGGCGAGUGAAAGAGAAAUGAUGAGAUGCCAUCAGUUCGCUGUUGGUCUUUUUACGUAGACAAAGCCUUACUCACAGGAUCUUAAGUUUACAAUAUACUCAAUAACAGUUAUUUACAGUAUAAACUAAUAUUGUUUUAAUUUCAUCUCACUCUUUUUAAAAAAGAAAUAGUAUUAUGAAUAAGAAACACGUCACUUUAAAUUAUUUAUUUGAUUGGCCUUCAGAAUACUAAUAUAUUAAUACAUUUUACAACAAAUGUCAUUUAAGUACUUACUAUUUUUAAGUACAUUUAGAUAUUUUCCACAAAUUGACAAACGUACUUCGCAUAUUUUCACUAUAGCCUAAAUAAUACAGAAAUUUGAUUUAAUUUCUCUCAAAAAAUUAUGAAGGUGCUCGAUGUCAUUGAUUAUAACUACUCUAUAAUAAUACAUAAGGAACCUACAAAGUUUCACCAUUAAUGGCGAAUAUAUUUUUAUUUUAAUGAACAGUAUAAAGCAAACUAAAGAAAACUCAAAGGAAAAAAGAGUAAAAAUUUAUUGGUAACUGCAACAAUUAUAAUAAUUUACAACAAAAUAUCUACUUGUUAUUUACUAUCCCCACAAAGAAUUUUGCUAAAGCAAGUUGUACUUUUCAAACAACAAUUAUCUACCUAGGUACUUUAUAUUAUAUUUGCAUUGUUUAUAUUUAAAUCCUUGAAUAGUGAAUAUUAAUAGAGGAUUGAAUCUAUUAUCAAUAAAAGACUACUUUUAAAUAUAUAUAUCACGCUAUUUAUUGUAAAAAUUAGUACAACUUAUAAAACACAUAACAAAAGCUGCAGUAAUCAAGCAAAUGAAUAAAGUCAGAGCUCUCGCGCGAACUUGUGUGAGUCUUAAAUAACUUAUAUUGAAUAGAACCAUUAUGUUAUCAAUGUAAACAAGUACAACUAUCACAGCCCAAAGAGCUCUGAAAAACUAUUAAAUAAAAUAAAUAGUCACAGAAAUAAAGUAAAAAAUAAAAUAAAAGCAAUGAUAUACAAUACAGGGAAUAUUAUUUAUAGCAAUGAUUCUAAUUUUACAUGACACAGGAAUGCCAAAACUGAAUAACAUUAAAAGAGAGCCAUCAGGACACAAAAUUGCAAAAUAUUAAUAAAUACUAUUUCCACAAUACAACCGGAAUCUGGAAUGUCAGACAUAUUAUAUCAAAAUACUGAUUUGUUAGAACAUCAAUCUUAAACAAUUAUAAAUACAUUCAUCCGACAUCGGUGUGGCUGUUUAAUACCGAACCGUAGACCCCAUACCUUAACCACCUUCAACCAAUUACUAUAUCUACAUUUUAAGUCGGAUAACACUAAUUGUUGCCUGACAUAUGACAAUUCUGCCAGAUAUUAUUGUAACAAGUUAAAAAAAAUGUGUGAUGUGCGAAGAAUAAUAUCUCUAUAAAUGGGGUAGAUAGUGAUAACUCUGUAAUGAAACAUCAAUCUAUCAUUGAACUUCUGGAAACAAUGAAAUGUUCAGACCAAUUAGUGAAAGAUGCAUUGUCUCCAGACCAUCAACAGUAAUAUGGACUUUUUAAAUAAUUAUUUUGUGUUUUGCUAGAUUUUAUAUUUCGGUAACAUUGUAGAAAAACAAAGAGCCACAAAUCUACAUAUUUGUAUUCAGUAUUUUAUUUUCAUAUAUUUUCCGGGAGCUCUCCAUUUACCCCAAAUUAUGCAACAACAAAAUAAUUUUCAUCAAUUUCUGCUAAUUUACUAUAUUAUUUUAAACAGCGUAACAUUAAAUCUAAAUGCGGAAUCUCACAAAAUAUUUAUGGUAUAGUAUGAUCCCUGAGCAGAAAUAAUUUCAGAUAACUAACCCUACCUCCCUAUUGCUUGCACGCUUACCUCUCAGAUACAAGUAUAUAUACUCUAGAUUGUGGGUAAUUCUCGGCUAUCUUAGAAAGAACAAAAUGCUGAUUACCAAUGGGAUUAUUUUAAUUAAACUGUAAACUGACAUAUGUCACUUUGCCAAUGUCAAAACAUCCAUAAUGACAGUUAGCUCUUCAGUUAGAUGUCUGACUUAUUGUCUGCUCUGAAACCACACUUUAAUAUCUAUUAAUUUUCUAAAACGUUAGUCAAAUAUUAAGUUAGGUAACGCACUACCAUUCAACCACUGACUACAACAUUACUUAUUCAAAUAGUACAUAAUAUUAUCUAUAACACAAUCAAAUUAAUUAGCUAUUUAUAUUAUUGUUACUUGCCCAUGAAUCAACAGAGGUACUGGUCAAAUCACAUUGUUACACAAAACAAGUUCUUCUUAAUUUAUUUGGAGUCAGUAGUUUUGUAGUAUUUGCCAUAAUAAAGUGACUGCCAGCAGUCACUAUAACAAUUAUAGUACCUAGGAUGAUGCUUGGGCAGUUUGUGUGUGGGAGACCUGAGCAGAAUGUUAAUCUUUUUAGAUUUUAACUCAAAAUAUAUAAAAAUGUAAUUUUUCUUGCAUGUGUAUUUGUCACUAUACUCCUCUGCUAAUUUUUGUGUGGGUUUAAUUAGGUCCUGGACUGGUUCAGAAUUGAAAUUGAACCAGGCAAGUCGCUUUUCCUUUAAUUUUGUGAAUCACUCAUCCUAACCAAUUUGAAUUGCACAACAUACCAUAUUUAUAACAUUUCAUGUACCAUCAUCAAUAGUUUUAUAUUUAAGCAACAUUUAGAAGUUAGUUGGGUCUGCUAAUUAUAAGAUAAAUAAAAAAAAUCAUUUGUAAA